AUGUCUGCAUACCAAAUGUUUUCCCAAAACCCUUGGCAGCAUGAUCCAUAUUAUGACAAUUCACCACCACGGACACCUGGGCGCAAUACCAAGCACCUGGGUGGCCGGAAUCGACGUUUAGCGAAUCGAUCCUCCUUCCCUGAAACCUUUCUCGACGACCUAACCCCAGUCGAUGCGAACCAACAAGAAGAUUCGGAGGAAGAAGAGAAAGACCCCCAUGACCUGUCGUUAUCGCCGCGUCAUGCCACUCGAGCUUCUAUCGUCGAUAAUAUGCUCCUUUCAUUAGAUCAAUUUUCAGAUUCCAAUUUUAACACAGCAGGAGAAGCACAGCGUUACCAAUCGCAUGAACCCGACCCGUACAUCCUAUACUCUCGUUAUGCCACUGCAAAACGUACUCGCCAUCGCGGACACACCUUUUCUUCUUCCCUUUCGUCGGAAAUAGGAACCCUCGAGGAGAACGGUGGUCGCUAUUCAAGUCACUCUGGGCGCGGACGCCGCAGCAACAGCAGCUCUAAUUUCCAAUCUACGAUGCGAAAGGUGGAUGGCUUUGAUGGAGCAGACAAAUCGAGCAAUCGCAGCAGGGUGUUCGAGGCGCAACGGGCUACCAUGGGCAACCAAUCCUCCCGAUAUUUGAGGAAUGGGAGCCGUAGCAGCGAUUCUUCCAACAUAGACAUCAACCAAAUGUUGACCGGAGGUCAUAUUGGCAGAGCACGACGAUCGAUCAGCUUCGAUUACGGGACGAAUGGAGCAUCGACAUUGUCGGUGGACAAUCCCAUGUUACACUAUGAUGACAUCAAUGCUGCGCCUACUCCUCACGUACCUGCAGGACCGCGAAGAGCUCAAUCUCCAGCGUUCAAAGACCUUUCUGGCGAUCAGCAAGGCGCAGCGGCGAGUGCCAGACCCCCCGCCCUAUCUCGCAAGAAUAGCACCAAGUCCGCCCGAAGCAUGUAUAACAAACGGGGCCGACCCGAUACUUUAGGCACAACCAGCAUUAAAGGACGCCCGGGUGACAGUCGGUACCUCCGGGAGGCUCCCCCGGAUAUACCUCCCAUACCGACUCACAUUCAUAGACCUGCGCCUAGUCCCACAAUUGCAUUCCAUAAAUCUUCCCAAUUUCCCCCAGUCACAGAAUCCAUCACACCGCCUCCCGCAAAGGAGCGUUAUGGGUUCUUUCGACGAGUCUUUGGGUCGUACAAGUCGUCACCCCCUACUCAACUCGAAAAGAUCCAGGGUUUUGUGGGGGAUAGUGAAAUCUUCAGCCAGCCUAGAGAAUCGCAGAGCGCACCGAACAGCUCGAAAGGCUAUCCCACCCAAGGCCAACUUAAUGGAGGUCAGGACAACGUUCCCGUCGUGACGAAAAAGCCAUCUUCUUUUUUUCGUCGACGAAAGAGAUCUACGACGGAUCAUGUUCCAUCUCCGUUGGUCAUACCCAACUCAAACAUGAAACCCCGCUAUGCAACAGGACAUGUAAACGCGGAAGGAAGCCCGAGUGGUAGCUUACGUCAAAUUAUGAAACCGUACUUAGCAGACUCCUCUUCACCUGGCCUUGAUCACUCCAAGCCUUUCGCGCAAUCUGAAGUACAUCUAGGUGAACUUGAUGUUGACGCUGGAAAUCAACAAUCCAACCCUAAACCAGUACCUUAUGACAGACCUCGGAACAAGUGGGUGUACGCAGAUGGUGGACCGCAACUGUCGCACAAUAAGGGUUCGAACAUUGCAAAAUCGAAUCUAAAGCCGAACUUGACACCCCGUGACCGUGAUGGUUCCUUCUUAGCGGACAGCAGUGGAAACGAAGGUGCCCCUACACAGAGCUCCGAGAAUUCGUCUAGGCGGCCUAUGACAAGCCCUGUUCCCGAAACAUCGUCCCACAAAUGCGCGUUAAAUGGUAAUGGGGCCAACAAAGACUCAAAGAUUGGCGCUCGAGUUAAUAAUAAGCUGUCAGUCAACACUACCCUGAAGAUGCGGGACGAGACCCAGCUCGAAUCUGCAUCGUCAACAGACGCCAAACAAGGGUUUACCAAGCCUAAGGGAGCUUCUGACAGUGUCAGCCAAUCUCCUCCGAUUUCAGCAUCUACCACCGCAUCCCAUUAUCAGACCGCCUUCAAUACACCGUUGUUGAGUCCAGCCGAAGAUCCUAGUUUGAAGUUGGGAAAGAAACUUACAGCGCCGACGCCGCCAAUUAAAGAAAGUAUAGAGGAAUUGAAUGAGCCUACUCUUGGUUCCAGCGGUAUUCCCAGUGCAUCAGAUCGGGAACGAGCUCUGAAACUUUAUGAAGACACAUCUGAGGACAACUCAAAUGAGGAGCUUACUGCAACCUGGCUUGGAAAUCCUCAUAGAGCUGGAAUUCGAAAAGCAUACAUGGACUUGUUCGACUGGUUGGAUAUGAAUAUCUUGGCAGCACUACGCAGUUUGUGUUCCAAAAUUGCUCUGAAGGGCGAGACGCAGCAAGUUGAUCGAGUUCUUGAUGCGUUUUCAACUCGUUGGUGUGAAUGCAACCCCAAACAUGGGUUUAAAGCAACAGACGUCGUUCACACGAUAUGCUAUUCACUUUUACUCUUGAAUACCGACCUUCAUAUGGCAGACAUUGACCAAAAGAUGACUCGAAGCCAGUUUAUUCGCAAUACAAUGCCUACAAUUCAGAGGGUGGUAGAGGACGCAGCACCCGAUGCCUUCGAAACCAUCAACCCUUCAGCGAAGCUCCAACGCCCUCGAAGUAUAUACGAUACCGGGAUGUUACCUCGGGCCCCAACUCCCUAUCACGAAAAGAAUGAGACUGAAGUAGACACGGCAUCCAGCUUGUUGAAACCUCAAGAUCAAGCUCCAAAGUCGAAUACAGUGACCAAUAUCUCCACUCUCAUCAGUGGUGACAUGCCUAGCAGUUCAGGCCAACUGAAUAGCAUGCCAUUUCGUGGUACACAGAAGGCAUGGGAGAAUCAAGUGGAACUGGUUCUCAAGGACUUUUAUAACUCCAUUCAGAAGAGGCGGCUACCGUUGCGGGGGAUUCAAGCAGAGUCUGAAGAACAACAACCCUCCAAUAACUUCUUAACGCUUACUGGAAACAUGUUAAGGAGGACUCCUAGUACCCUGAGUAGAGCUACUGCGCCGGAUGUAUUCAGUCGUGGCCGCUCUUCAGACAAUAGAUUGUCUACCGCCCGAUGGGCAUCUAAACCAAGAUCACGGCCCAGAGUGUAUCCACCCUCGGCAAUGACGUCCAGUCGGACGAGUUUAGACGACCAGUCUGUUUGGUCGCCCACCGCGUCCAGCACGUGGAGCAAGGCGUCCUUGGGCAAGACUCUAACCUCGAUGUCGGUUGAUACAUUGGGUUCCGAUUACCCGCGUCCCGACUAUCAGCAAUCAAUUGGAUUUGCAAACGCGUUAAGCCAUGCCAUCAUCCGAGAAGAUUCAGCAAGCUUCAUUGUUGGAGCGGAAGACUCUACUCGAGCCGAGGCUUUGCUUGAGGACGAAACGCUAGAGCUCGCGGGAGCUCCGUGGGCCAAGGAGGGUAGCAUGAAACACAAACACCACCUUGACUCUGUGGAUAAGCGAGCAAAAGAUCGGAAUUGGAAUGAGACGUUUGCGGUCAUUCAGCGAGGGUGGAUGCGACUAUUUUCUUUUAAUUCAUCAACCAAGUCGAUGCGGUUGAAGCCUAAACAGAGGCAAAAUGGCGGUAUCGUUGUUGGUGGAGGAAAUUGGAUGGAAAAUGCAGAAGAAACGUGGAAAUUCCUCCUUCGACAUACUAUCGCUAGUGCAUUGCCUCAACCCGGCUAUUCCAAGUCUCGACCUUAUGUUUGGGCAUUAAGCCUACCCACCGGAGCAGUUCACCUUUUCCAGGUUGGGACGCCGGAGAUUGUCAAAGAGUUUGUGUCAACGGCGAAUUAUUGGAGCGCCAGACUCUCCAAGGAGCCCAUGUUUGGUGGAAUCAGUAACAUUGAGUAUGGCUGGAGCGACGCUGUCAUCAAUCGUGCCCUGGCUCAGACAGACGACCAUAAACCCAUGAGCUCCUCUGGGACUCGCGUGAGCAUUCAAAGCUCAAUUCGGAGCUCUCUCGAUCAGCAGAGUGUUCGUCCAAGGCUACCUGCGGACAGAAUCCAUAUUAGUGACUGGACGCCGCCCCAGCAAAGUAUGAUCGCGUCUUCUCAUUCUGAAGAAGAACAGCUUACCGGCCUGCGUUCAUACGUCCAAUAUGUGGAGGAAGAACUAAAACGCCAUAACGAACUUCGAACUGCUAUGCUUCUCGCAUUUACUCCUAGACACCCAAACGCUACGAAGGCGCUGGCUAACUGGGAACGCAAAUCAUCGUACCUCCUCAGGGAGAUUGUCAAGUUCCGCACCUAUAUCGACUGCUUACAAGCCGCCCAAGUGCAGAAAGAGAAGUUCUAUAGCUCUCCUCGUCUUGAUGAAGCGGAGACUGCAAACGGGGAGCAAGCGUAG